AUAUAUUGGAAGAACAUUUGAAAUAGUGAAUUGGUUAUCCCCACAGAAAAAUCCAAAUGGCACACCUAAAAGGUUACUACUACCUCUAUGUUGUUUUCAUCUUGGCUAUCGCCAUGAAUCACACGGCCAUGGCUAGAGAACCAUCUUCUCGGGCAGUCAAAGGGGCUUAUUGGCCUUCGUAUGCCGGUUUCCCGGCCUCAGCUAUCGACACGAGGUUGUUCACCCACCUCUACUACGCCUUUCUUGUACCUAACAAUGUCAGUUUGUGGUUUGAUAUCUCGAAUUCAACGGCUUUAACGCUCUGGAAUUUUACGUCCACGGUUUCCAGUAAGAGUCCGCCAGCCAAGACGCUUGUUUCGAUCGGUGGAGCAAGUGCAGACCCGAACACCUUUUCGCAGAUGGCGUCGCAGAAAUCAUGGCGCGCGAGUUUCAUCGACUCAUCCAUCGAAGUGGCGAGGAAAUACGGAUUUGAUGGGAUUGACCUUGACUGGGAGUUUCCUCAAAACUCAACAGACAUGGAAAACUUGGGCUACCUACUCCACGAGUGGCGGGCCGCUGUUCGAAAGGAGGCUAAUGCAACGUGCCGCAGCCCACUCUUGCUAACUGCGACCGUGUACUUCUCUGUGGAAUUCUUCCUCAGCGCAGUCGUCCGGACGUAUCCUGUCGACUCGAUUAACCGGAACUUGGACUGGGUCAACGCGAUGACCUACGACUACCACGGGUCAUGGGGCACCACUGCAACGGGGACCCUAGCCGGGUUGUUCGACCCGUUAAGCAACGUAAGUACAAGUUAUGGGCUUCGGUCAUGGAUCGAUGCGGGGCUCCAUCCAAGAAAGUUGAUCAUGGGCCUGCCAUUGUACGGGCGGACUUGGCAGCUCAAAGACCCGAGUGUAAACGGUAUCGGAGCGCCCGCCGUGGGGUUGGGUCCCGGGGCUGAAGGGGUUCUGACUUUUUCCCAGGUGGAAGCGUUCAACAAGGCGAAUAAUGCCACAGUGGUGUAUGACGUGGAUACAGUAUCCACAUAUUCGUACUCAGGGACUUCGUGGAUAACGUACGAUGAUGUCAGGUCGACGACGGUGAAGAUAGCAUACGUCGAGGCCCUUGGACUUCGCGGGUACUUCUUCUGGGCCGUCAACGACGAUCUUGAUUGGAAAAUACCAAGACUAGCUUCAAGGACGUGGAUUCUAUGAGGGAGCUGUUCUGGAAAGUUUUUUAACCUCCUCGUAUGUUCUUGAAAAUUUUAAAUUUUGCUAAUGUACGGAUUGGCCUCCCAAUUAACUUUAUUUGUUUUUGUGUGGAUGCCACUUAAUCUAGUUUUUCCUCUUUGCUUCAUUCAUCUUUCACUUGUGUGUAAAGAAGAAACCGUGGAUUAAUGGAUUACAAGGAUUCAUUUA